AUGAUCAUUGAUUCGUCUAGGUAUCCAUCAAUGUAUAUUACUACACAAUUUCAAUCUUUCUUUAUGAAAUAUAUAUCUUCAACUUUAUCUCUUUUACCAUUGAUUGAUAAUGAGGAAGAUUUUUUUGUUUUACGUAAAAAAUUACUCACACAACCGUCGAUUCCACAAGUAUUAGUCAUCAAAAGUGUAGCUUCAAUCGAUACCAUGAUUAAUAACAAAAUUAUGGAAGAUGAUGGAAAAAUAAAAAGAAAAGAAAAGGACUAUAAAUUCAACCGUCAAAUUAUUAUUCAUUGUACACAUGAGGCAAGAUUUGAAGGUUUACAACGACAUAUACAUGAGAUCCAUGAUGACUUCUUCAAAAAUACAGAUUAUGGAGAUAUUCGAUUAAUUGUCGGGCAUCGAAAUAAUCCAAAUUUGGAAUUUGAACUUGCACGUAAACGUCCACAUUCGUCCAUACUGAAGAAUUUAACACCCACCAAAAAACAAAAACCCAAUGAACUUCCUCCAACAGCCUAA